AUAUCAAUCACAUAAUACUUGGAGGUUAUGUUUUGAUUGGGUUGUAUUGUGAUUUUUAGGAAUAUUCAAAUUGCAUUUGUAAGAUGCCGGGACCAGAGUUAUUAUCGAGCCAGGGGCUCCGAUUAGACGGGCGUAGACCAAACGAACUGCGUCGUAUCAGGUGUAAACUAGGCGUCUUUACACAACCAGAUGGGAGCGCUUAUUUGGAACAAGGAAACACUAAAGUUUUAGCUGCAGUAUACGGACCUCACCAGGCUGCCAAAUCCAAAAGUUCAACAGAAGGAGUUGUAGUUAACUGUCAGUAUAGCAUGGCUACGUUUUCCACAGGUGAAAGAAAAAACCGCCCCCGCGGUGAUCGCAAGUCUCAGGAGAUGUCUAUGCACUUGCGACAGGCGCUCACAGCUGGCAUUAAGACCGAACUCUACCCGCGCAGUCAGAUCGAUAUCUACGUCGAGGUUUUGCAGGCGGAUGGAGGCGCGUAUUGCGCAAGCGUGAACGCGGCGACUCUCGCCCUCGUCGACGCGGGCAUCCCGCUUCGCGCCUACGUGUGCGCAUGCUCCGCUAGUAUGGCGUGGCGCGCCGGCCAGCCCGCCCCGCUGGUGGACGUGGGGCACGUGGAGGAGGCCGCGGGGGGAGUAGUGCUCACUGCUGCCACGCUGCCCUCUACUGGGAGCAUAGCGCUUCUGGAAAUGUCGCAUAGACUGCACAUGGAUUACUUUGACCUAGUGCUCAACAGAGCUCUGCAGGGCUGUAGAGAUAUCAAUGUUAUAUUAGAUAAGGCAGUCAAAGAACAUCUAGCUGAGGGGUGGACUAAACAAGAUGUUAUAACGAUAUGAAAUAUAAAGUUGUUUAAA